AGCACUCGUAGCAGACCUACGAGUUUCGAACGCGGAAUCGCGCGUUUCAUUAUCGUCAUUUAAAUUCGUAUUUAUAAAAAAAUGGCAAAUAGUGAACUGUUUUUUUCUCAGUGAAAAUUGUUAUGUAAAAAAGUGGAUAAGUUAUUAUUUGAGACAACGUACAAUAUCAUUGUGAAAGGGAAUGCGACCGGGUUUUUCGGAACUGAUGAAGAUGGCGCGCUCCGGAACGAGGUAGAAGCACGCGGGCGCGGUACGGAGCCAGCGUUCCUUCAGGAGCUGCAUUCAACGCUGGCGCCCGCUGCCGUGCCCGACCACAGCACGCAACACACUCUCACUCUCAUACUCAAAGGGCUGGUCUUCACGACAAUCAUUCUCGGAGCACUACUCGGCAACGCACUGGUCAUCAUCUCAGUCCACCGUCACAGAAAACUGCGCGUUCUCACAAAUUACUACGUCGUCAGCUUGGCCGUCGCUGAUAUGCUCGUCGCCCUAUGCGCGAUGACCUUCAACGCCAGCUCAGAACUCACUGAUGACUGGCUCUUCGGACCCUUAGUCUGUGACAUCUACAACUCUUUAGAUGUAUAUUUCUCUAGCGCUUCAAUCCUUCAUCUCUGUUGCAUUUCUGUUGACAGAUACUAUGCCAUCGUCAGACCUUUGGAAUACCCCGUCACUAUGACACACAGAACUGUCUGUUUCAUGCUGGCAAAUGUCUGGCUUUGGCCGGCUUUUAUCAGCUUCGUCCCGAUUUUCAUGGGCUGGUAUACGACAGAGCACCACAGACAAUACAGAAAAGCCCAUCCGGACGUCUGCAUCUUCAAAGUAAAUAUGGUUUACGCUAUAGUUUCCUCUAGCGUCUCCUUUUGGAUACCAAGCGUGGUUAUGAUAUCUAUGUACUGUAGGAUAUUUAGAGAAGCAAUAAGACAAAGAGAAGCGUUGACUAGGACUUCAUCUAAUAUAUUGUUAAACUCUGUUCAUAUAAAGCAUACUUCGCAUUCUGCCCACCAUUCUCAUUACCUCCACCCUGAUAGAAGACCAUCAGAUAUUAGUCCAAAUUAUAGUACUUUUACAGAGGUUGGGCCUGAAGAGACUGAAUUAGGGGGGGAAGUUGUGAUGUCCAUUGGUGAUAUUUGCCCUAGUAAAGAGGCUAGUCCCAGGAAGUCGGUUAAUGUGAGUUGUGAUACGGCAAGUUCUGGGUAUUGUUCUGGUGGGUCCAACAAGAGGUCAUCAAGUGGACAACCUCCAACUGGAUGGAGACCAAGUUGUUCUUCGGCUGUGGCUUCCAGGGAUUUAGCAAAGGCUGCUACUGAGCUCAAUGCACAAGGUGCAAGUCUUCGUGUUGCUGGCAAGUCUUGGCGAGCCGAGCACAAGGCAGCCAGGACUCUGGGCAUCAUUGUUGGCGCUUUCUUGCUGUGUUGGCUGCCAUUUUUUCUUUGGUACGUCACAACGAACGUUUGCGGGGAGCCUUGCGAGACGCCUUCAGUCGUCGUCGGCGUCCUAUUCUGGAUCGGCUACUUCAACUCGGCUCUAAACCCAUUGAUAUACGCAUACUUCAACCGCGAUUUCCGAGACGCGUUCAAAAACACGCUCAUGUGCGCUCUGCCAUGUUGUUUUAGCUGUUGGAAGGAUACGGGAACAGCGCAGUUCGUGUAGCAGACGGGCGAUUUUAGAAGAGGGUUUUAGACGCUUUAAAAAUCGCAAGUAAAAUUUAAUCGCAUACAUAUGUUUUUGUAAUUAUUUUCAUAAUUGUAAUAUAUUAUAUUUACAGAUAGAUAUUUAUUUUAAUGCUUAAUAUAAACUAGUAUAAUUAUAACUUUUAUUUGUUUAAAUAUAAAUUAUGUAAAACUAAAUGAAUACAAAUUAUACAUGAAUAAAAAAUUAAUCGAAUAUAAUUUUUUAAACAAGAUUAGAUUGUUAUUAGAAAUUUUCAAACAAAAUAUGCCCCAAAAUGAUAGCAUUUAUCUUUUAUUUCAAUUAAAAAAAUAUUAUUUGAUACUAACACCUAUAAAAUAUAUCUAUUUAGGUAUAACUUUUCAAUUGUAGCAAAAAUAUUUCAGUGUUAUUUCUUCUUCAUCGUCAAUCAAUCAAUCAAUCAAUCAAUCAAUCAAUCAAUCAAUCAAUCAAUCAAUCAAUCAAUCAAUCAAUCAAUCAAUCAAUCAAUCAAUCAAUCAAUCAAUCAAUCAAUCAAUCAAUCAAUCAAUCAAUCAAUCAAUCAAUCAAUCAAUCAAUCAAUCAAUCAAUCAAUCAAUCAAUCAAUCAAUCAAUCAAUCAAUCAAUCAAUCAAUCAAUCAAUCAAUCAAUCAAUCAAUCAAUCAAUCAAUCAAUCAAUCAAGCAUUUAUUAACGUUACCGGUGGAGCAUCCUCCGUUUUCAUUUACCUGUUACCAUCGAUUUUACUUCCACAUACGACACGACCUGUUCAAUUAAACAGUCUGUCGUUUCAACUGUUCUAUAAAUGCCCUUCGUCGCUUUCCUUUCCCUAUCCGAGCUUCGACUUUUCCUUCAAUCAGGAAUUUCACAAAGUUAUCGUGCCGUAGGUGGCCAAACAUUCCUCGUCUUGUAUCAAUUACCCACAGAAAUGAUAUCUUCUCUGUUAUUACAUCUAGUACUUCCUCAUUUAUAUUUUUAUCAAUUCAGACUUCAGCACCACAUUUCAAAUGCUUCCAAACGUAUUCGAUUUUCUUCAUAUACACGAUACCGUGUCGUCGACACGCAAUCCAUAACGGUGAAUAUUAAAAAAAGUCGCAAGACUGUUAAAUUAGAGCGAAAUUUACUGUUAUGGGUGUGAAGUAGCAACCGUUUUUAUGCUUUACGUCUGUUAGUGUGUUAGUCUACAUACGUGUUUGGUAUAUCAGGUUAAAACCACUGUUUUUUUUUGUACAAUUACACAAUUUUACAGUUAUUCCUUAGUGUUAUUGUCACGGUGCUUAGGUAAUUUCUAAAAACAUUACGAGCGCACUCUUGUACAGAUAAUUUUGUUAAUAUAAUAUAUUUUUAUUAGAAAUCCGCAUUUAUAACUGAUGAAGUUUAAUACGUGUGAUUAUGAUAAAACAUUUUAAAAAAUUGCUACAUUAAAUUGUAUUAUAAAUAAAAUAAAACACAUAAAUCGUACCUAGUUGACUUUUAAAAUUGUAAACUGAAAAAAAAAUCGGUUUAAUAUUAGUUCUAGAUUAAAUUGACAUGCUUAUAUAGAAAAUAAUUAUAUGUAUAAUAUGUAUAGUAAUAUAAUAUUUUUAAAUAGACAUUAAUUUUAAUAUAAUAAUUUUAUAAGUACAAUUCUAAUUUAAUUUUCGUAAUUUAAAUAUAAUAAAUUGUGAUAGCUAAAGACAUACUUUGUAUAUAUUUAUAUAGGCACAAGUUUCACAAAGAUUUAUGAUUCGUGGUUUUAAAUUAACAAGAAUAUAAGUUCAGUUUUAUUCCACUGUUAUAAUUUAUUGAAGCGGUGGUGGUGUAAUGAUUAAGACGCCCCUGGGAACCGAAAGGUCCCAGUUUCGAAUCCUACUCCAUUAUUAGAGCCAUGAAAGUCGUUAUGUGUAUUUCAUUCCACGCAAUGACCACGACCCUCAGCAAUGAGGAAUACGACUAUGAAGAGAUGUACAGAUAAUUUAUUUAAAACCAAAAACAUUAUUCUAUAACAUUUGAGAUUUUUUUUGUUGACAUUCACUCAUUCGAAUAUUUUUUACAUAAUUAAGAUGAAUGAUUUCUUAUUAAGUUGUCUUAUACAGAAUAUUUUUUGUAUCCAUCGAGAAAACUUUUAUUUUAAAUUUGAUUGUAAUUUUUUAUUAUGUUACAAUUUGCUGAAAAACAAUUUUAAGUAAAUAAAUUAUUAUUUGUAUCAAAACCACGAUUCAUGUAUCUUUGUCAGAUUAAAUAAUAUAUUUAUAAUAAUAAUAAUAAUAAUAAUUUGUAUUUAUUAUAAUAAUAAUAGAUUAUUAUGAUUAUAACUUGGCAAUAAUAGAUGUUUAUUUCACAAAUUAUGCUUUAAAUACUGCCAAUCGGAAUUUAUUCAUAGCUUUUAUGUUGUAACAUAGUAUAGGUAAGAUAGUUGCUCAAAUCGCGUUGUUAAAUAAAAUAUUAUUGAGUAAAAUUGUGACGUUUCACGAGAAAAUGUACCUGGAGCGCAGUCGCUUACGACAUAAUAUCUCUUAAAACUUUAGAAUUGAAACUGUAAAAUUUAAGAAAUUCCACAUUUGACGUUGCUUGGAUCCUCUCAUCAGCUAACUGAACAAACAUUCUUCAAACAUAGCUAAGGACACUCCCUGUUAAUCCAUUGCGUCGAUCUCGGACGAUCGAGACACAAUAGAUAAAUAACAAUUGUAUAAAUAAAAUAAUUAAAUAUAUUAGGACAAAUCACACAGAUUGAGCUAGCCCCAAACUAAGUUCGAGACUUGGGUUAUGGGAUACUAACUCAACAACACUAUUAUCUGUAACAUUAUACAUAUAACAGUAUACUUGGGUCUUGGACGUUUAUAUAUAUAUAUCCAAGACCCAAGUCAAUCUGAAAAAAAACAUUUUCCAUGUUGACCUGACUGGGGAUCGAACCCAGGGCCACCAGUGUAGCAAUCCGGCAUGGUGCCACGAUCGGCCGAUUUCGUUUUUAUGGCCGGCGCAUUUUGCACUGGUUCAUUAGAGAGAAGAUUUUCUUUCAAAUAAAAUAAUCUAUCAGCCGUUUGGUUGCUACGAUGCCACGAACAGACAUACAGAUACACAGACACGCUAAACUUAAAACCUCCUUUGUAGUUGGGGAUUAAAAAUGAGAAAGUGUAAUGUUAUAAGCGACUUCCCUUUAAAAGGCACCCUUUCUCGUCACAAAUAUGCAUAAUUUAUUGAAUUCAAAUGAUUUUUAUUAACUGUUUAAUUAACUGCUGGUCAAAAGCUUCCCCUAACUUGCUCCACGCAUUUCUAUCCUUUGUGUUCUCUUGUCGAAUUUUUUAAAUCCAACAUCCAUCCGAUUAAAAAUCCUUCAUUUAAAUAUAUUUAUGAUGCAUAUAGCUGAUUCUCCUAUCAUACUUUUUGACAGAGCUUGUGGCGCAUGCAUUUCUGUACAGUCAACAGCACAUAAAGUUAUCCUGCAUUAACCUCAAACUUGGGUAGGAUGAUGUGCUGUUGACUAUACACUUUCUGAAGAAGCAUAUUGCGUAUAUUAUACAUCAGUAAAAUUUUAUUUAGUUCAUGAAAAAUUUUCUAAGAUUAAAUGAAUCAUUUUACAAAUAAUAAUACAUUUUACAAACCAACAAACCUAUAGUUUGUGCUCUGUAUAUAUUGUUUUGAAGAUGUCUCAUAAAAGUUGUUAUUUUUAUAUAUUAAUUCAUAGAUUUUAGUGUCCUUAUUAUUGGAAAAUUGUACCUGCUUGUUAUAUUUUCAUAUCUGCAAUUACUUUUUAUGCUUAAUUCACAGCGAAAACGACGUCACUUUUUGAUAAUUCGAUGACAAGUCAAAACAAUUUUUUCCUGUGCUAACUUUUACAUUUUCAUUUAGUUUCAUUUUAAUAUUAUAAAAUAUCUUAAACUGACAUUAAUGUUAAUUUACAAAAGCUCUAAACCUAAUGAAAAGGAAUAAUUUCAAAAUGUAAUUAUGCUCGGAACCAAUUUCUAUUAUUUCAAUGGCGAAUCGGGAAUUAAUGGUUGUAAUUAGAUUCCAUUUCGCAAAAUGUCCCAACUCUCUGCUGCGGAACAAAAUUUGCAUACUUUAACUAUUCAUGCUAAAUAACUGAACGUCCAAACUAAAAAGUGAAUUCAAUUUAUAGCCACGGACAGGAUUUUCGAUACUUUGUCGACAGCGAUACUUUUUUUUAACACCAAAGUAUUGAAACAUAUUUUGUAUCAAUAGUGAUACCACGAGAACUGUUGAGGGUUGGACUAUAUGGCCGCAAUCUAAAAUAAAAAUAAAAAGUGUCAUCUUGACUUCUGGCUCCUUCCGUCUCUAGGCUGAAUACUGAAUACGUUUUUCACUCUCAACAAAAUAUAAUAAUCUUGUAUAAUAAUUUUCUAAAAUGCAUCUUUCUAAAUUAAAGUAUUGAAAAAUAAUAGUAUUUUGUUUUAAUAUACUUGUAUUAAAAUCGAAUUAUUAAAAUAAAUAUAAAUAUCUUAUGUGAGGCCGGCAUAGGCAAGAACAACUAUUGCUUACAUUUUUAUAUAUCCUUUUUAUACACGAAGCGGUGGUGGUGGUUAAGACUGUGGAUCGAAAGGUCCCAAGUUUGAAUCCUACUCGUGCCACAUGAGUUUGUAUACCAAUCUGAGUCAUGUAUAGUAAUUUUCAUCGUCCACCACUUGCUUCCGCUGAAGGAAAACAUCGUGAGGAAACCUGUACACUGGUUGAUUCUUAUUAACUUGUGUGUGAAAUGGAGAAGGCAAUGGCAAACUACUCCAGUAAUAAUGUCAAGAAAGUUGUUGUGUGUGUUUCAUUCCACGUAAUAACCACGACCCUCAGCCAUGAGGAAUACGACUAUGAAGAAGAAGAUACAUAGAAUGAACGAACGGAAUUUUAUACUCUCGAGGGCGAAGUGCGGGUUUUCAUUUCCUUUCUCACUAUCGAAUCGAUUAGAAGUGAGACGCAGCGAACCAAUCACAUUGCAGUGUGGUUGUCGUCGCGUCACAAUGGCGCACUGUGAUUGGUUAGCUGCAUAUCACUGCGAAUCGACUCGAUGGUGAAAUGUAAACAGCAAAGUCGCACAAUGCCCAUUACUACUCCUACACGCACUGUUGUGUGUGCGAUUACUUGUCAUUAGACAUGAUACGUAGUUGUAAAAGUCAUGUGAGAUGCCUUUUGACGACUUAAAUAAAAUCUGAAACCAGUGGUAAGCAAUAAAACACCACCACAAUAAUUCCAGGACCUUUUGCCCAUGGCUAUGUCCGCAGAAAAAGUGUCUUUGAAGCUAAUUUUCUCGUCUUCAAUGAAAGAAUCACACACACAUUACUUUAUUGGUCUAGUAAUUGUUCAGAAAAAAAAAAAUAUGUUGACGUACAGUCAACAGCACAUCAAGCUAUCCUGCAUGAACCUCUAUGGCGUGGUAAUAGCGGCGAGAUUGCUAUGAAUUUGGGUAGGUUGAUGUGCUGUUGACUGUACAUAUCACAAUAUAUUUAUUAAAAGACACCUUACUAGUCUAUUUUGAUAAAAUGAUAAACAUUUUAAAGAUGUGUGUUUUAAGUAAAAAUUUGCUAUAACUGAUCUCCUUUUCUUCUUCAUUUUCUCAUUUUUCUGUUCAAAUUAGCAAUGCUGCGAAGCGUAUAACAUAUCCUACAAUUUGCACUGAAGUCAAUCCUCCCAAGCUCUCUUAUACGAGUGAAAACGCAAGUGAUCAUUCAAAAUUCUAGGUGGUAAUUCCAAUACCUUCUCAUCAACAUAACUGAAAAGCUUUUACGAAAUAUGGCCGAAGCCAUACAAUCCACGGAUUUAUGACAGAAAAGCAACGUCUUUGCAUUACAAAUAAUUAACUGAAACGGCACUGAAUUAAACUGUUUAUUGUCAGCUGGCAUGCGAUGUUACGUGGAUCUUGGGACUUGCCGCCAAAUGUUAUAAAAAUAGCUGUAUUUUUAAGAUUAUGUUAUGGGACUUGACGCUGUUUUGAAUCACGAUUUUCUUUAAUUUUGUCUGUAAAUAACUAAUUGUCUAUGCGGUUACAGUAAAAAUAAAAUUUAAUUUUAAUGAUAACAAAAUCAUGUCUCCGUUUUAAAAUUUUUUGUGAAAGACCAACAAAAAUCUCUCUUUAUUUGUAAAUUUUAUUUGAAAAUUUGUAAAAAUUACAUUAUCUUUUCAUUAUCUCUAUUCAUCUAUUAGUUAUGAGGCUUUUCAAUUAUCAUUUAUUUUAAUCCAGGAUGAUUUGAUGGAGAGAAUCUUGUAAUGAUAACUUCUUAGAAAAAAUCCUACAGUAACAAAGACAGCGUGGGAAGAGGAUUAAAUACAAAUUUAAACAAAAUACAAAGGAGUAUUUUCCUUGUAUAUUGUUUAAAUUUGUAUUUAAGUUCAAUUGACUUGCCUCUUUGUACAACAAAAAUAGAAAAAAAAUGAAACGUGACAAUAAUUUUUUUAACUUGGUCGUGAUGACAAAGAAGGAAUUAACGAUAACAUUUUAUUAAUUUUGUUAUGAAAAUAACUAUUAUUAUAACACUGAAAUAGGUAAAUAUACUUUUAUAUUUCCUUAAGAGCAAAUGGUACUAUAAUAAAACUAGCUUUUGCUCACAACUCCGCCUGUGAGUAAAAAUCCAUUUCCCGUGAGAAUUUCAGGAAAUCUUCUUAGUGCUCCCCUAUGCUGUCCUAGGAACCUGCACACCAAAUUUCAGCUUUCUACGCCCAGUAGUUUCGGCUGUGCGUUGUCUGCCAGUCAGUCACUUAGUAACACAAUAAUUUUAUAUAUAUAGAUUAUAGAAGUAUAAAAAAAGAGAUAAAUAUUGAACAUUGCAACUGGUUGCAAAUUUUUCAAGUACUUCAUUAGUAAGUAUUUUUUUAAUUAUGUCAAGUAUGUGUAACGUUAACCAAUGUGUUGACUUUUAAAACAAAUUUGUUUAUUUAUUUUUUCUCCAAUUAAAACAAUAGAUCAAUUAAAUUUAACAGUUCCAAGAAAGCUAACUGUCGCCAUUAAAUAUACGCAACGAUUACGUAGGCAGGUAUCUCAUUUUAUAAGGAUCAUCAUAUACUUAUACCAAUACCAAGAAACCAGUCCAUUGCAUAUUUCAACCAAAUUGAUUUUCAGCCCGAGUGACUAUAAAUUGGCUCAUACGAAAUGCUGUGAACAAAACGCAGCCACAGAUUAUAUAAUAGGUACAGUUAGUACACUCUCGCACAUUUGUGCGAAAGUUUACAUUAAUUCAAAUAUUGCCCAUCAUCCGAAUCAUAAUGACAAAAAUGACAUGUCAAGUAUUAUGACAAAAUAAUAUAUAGUAAUUAACAAAUACCUAAUAAUAAAGAAACUAAUAAUCAACGAAAAAGUAAUUGAUUUACUAAAAGAAAUUGAAUCAUAUAAGUAUUGUAAUUAUGGACAAGUCAGCCCCUCAUAGAUUGAUGCACCCGUAAGGGUCCUUAAUUGUUACUAUUAUAUAUAAGAUAGAUCUGUUACUCACAUUAAGGAUGCAAAUAAAGAAUUGAGUAUUGAGAAAUAUUCCAAAUUUUUCCUAGUUGUUCUAAAUUAUAAUAAUAUUAAAUAUUACAUUUAAAUGUACAUAUUUAUUAAACUAAAUUUAGUUGUUACCAAUCUAGUACACAUCUGGUUCAGUGCUGGAGAGGCUGGUAAUCUGUCAUACAGGUUUUUCUAGUACAGACGCCAGUCUCUCACAUAGAUCGUAAUUUUUGGUAUGGUACACCAAUUUUUUCUAUACCAGUAUACUUCCUGUAAUUUCUAUAUGAGAGAAGAAAUAAAGAUUUUUGUGUUGUAUAUAUUCUAUAUAUUAAAAUUCUGGCAGUAAGCCGGGCAAUUAACUAAAUUUUACAAUGAUUAGACUAUUUGUUCUUACAAAUGUCAUAAUAGACUUUGUGAAAUCAACUGAUACGUCGAUUCAUAUGGGACAGCAAAAAAUCUAUCACUCAAUCCUCAGUCAGACCAUUGGCACGUACGUCAUCCUCAUUCUCAUAUAUUUUCAUGUAAGUUAAUUGUGUUUCACAUCGAUAUAUAUAUAUUAUAAUCAGCACUCGGAUCACAAUCAUAACCUGUUUUGAUAUACCGUUUGACUAUGUACAUUAUGUACUUUUAUAUAUGUACAUUAUGUAUUUUUUAUAUUAUUAUUUAUUAUAUAGAAAGAAAAAAAAAGCAUUGUAAGAAACAAUAAUGGUAAGCCGAUCUGGCAUGAUGGGGACCAACACUGUUCAAAUGAGUUUCUUUCGGCAUUUCUUCUCAGCAGUGGUCGUUCUGAAAUGCCAGUAGUUAGUCGCUUGUGAGAAAUAACUAUAAAUAUAAAGAUUGACGAGAAAAAGUGCCUGUGACGAUCUAAUUUCUGAAUAAAUGAUUUGAAUUUGAAUUCCUUGACGACAUCAAGCCAGCACUUUUUGGUUUGUCCCUUUUACCAGGCCCUAGCGGGAUGGCAUGGUCAGGCAUUUGUUGUUAAGGUAUCAAGCUGAAUCUAGAAAUGUUGAAUAAAAUUUCUAGUGUCUUUAUAUCAUGGCUUAGUCAUUUUUGUUUGGAUUCUCUUCGAAAAUAUACAAAUCAUUCACGUUAUAAGUUUUUUCCUUUUAUUUCUCUUUAAUAUUUGUUUCAUAUAUACGAAUUUCAUUUGGUGGCGCAGUGGUAAAGUACUUGCCUCUGAAUCGAGAGGUUCCGGGUUCGAUCUCCGGUCGGGUCAUGAUGGUAAAUGAUCUUUUUCUAAUUCGUCCGGGUCUUGGAUGUUUGAUCAUGUAUAUGUUAUAAAAUAUAGUAUCGUUGAGUUAGUGUCCCAUAACACAAGUCUCGAACUUACUUUGGGGCUAGCUCAAUCUGUGUCAUUUGUCCGUAUAUAUUUAUUUAUUUAUAGACAGCGGGAUCUAUCCUGUUUAUAAAGACAGGAGUUUAUUUACAGCCCUAAAUAUAACAAUUGACGACCUCAACGAUACUAUAUUUUAUAACAUGUACAUAUUAUUAUAUAGAUAAACAUCCAAGACCCGGGCUAAUCAGAAAAAGAUCAUUUUGCAUCAUGCCCCGACCGGGGAUCGAACUCGGGACCUCUCGGUUCAGAGGCAAGCUUACUUUACCACUGCGCCACCGAGGUCGUCAUGUCGCCUAGUUGGACGGAGCAGUUGAACCACUGGCCUGGACUGAUAUUUAUUUAUAUGUUAAUCAACUUCCCCCGCUCAAGAUCCAGCAGACGAUCAUACCUAAGUAUCGAUAUAGUCUCUACUGCGAACGAAAUGUUGUCUCGUUUCAUCUGUGAUACGCGUCAGCGCGCACUGCGUUCCGUUACACGCUCUGAGGCACAAUUUUUAUUGUUAAAAACGAGCGCUUUUGAGUGAUUAUAAAUAUUUUUUCCUUUCUCUGUAUUAUUGUGUUUAUUGAGUCAACAUUCCAGACUUGUACAUAUUUUUUGUUAAACGAGAUUUUUAUUUUAGUACAAAAGAUUAUUGAAAGAAAAUUGUAAACAUACAAAAUUGAUAAUAUAAACGAUUUUAUUCUUAAAAUAAACAAAAAAAAAAACAAUUGAAAUAUUUCAAAAUAAUUUGAAACGAUGCUGAAAUAAAUCCAUUUUGGUGUAACUUUAAUUUUUAACCCCCGAUGCAAAAAGUAUGUAUAGGUAAGGGUAUGGGUAAGGGUAUGGCACAGUAGCUCAUCAAAGGGUGAUCCGAUUUGGAUGCGGUUUUUUUUAUUCGAUAGCUAAUUUUUAUUCGGUAGUUCUUAGAUAUGUUUGAUCAACAUCAGUUCAGCCGUUCAAAAGUUGUGGCGAAAUGAAUAUUUAAAGUCGGGAUUUUUUUAAUUUGUCUAACAAAUAAACUUGUUCACUGAAACAUUGUAAAGUGUUAUUUAUCUUUAUCUCUUUCUUUAAUUAAGAGAGGGAAAGGAUACUGUGAUAGUGCGCUCAGUAACACGCGUUACUCGUAUCUAGUCAAUAUAAAUCAAUGGUCGCGUACACCGGAACGCACUACAGACACUCAAUUUACGGCCACCGAUGCUGAAAAUCAAUUUAGUUCGGCAAUAUGUCUCCGGACGACGUUAAUGUGUGGAAUCGCGCAGUGUUUGAGAAUUUAUCGCAUGUUAACACGGUUUGAUUAUAGACUAUAGCUUUUGCCGCGGCUUCGUCCGAGUUAAUUUCCUAGUCCUAUGACGUAUAUAUUUUUUUAUUUGUCCAUGUAUUUAUACAAAGAUAAUAUUUUUAAAUUCCAAUAGAAUUCCCGCAGUUUGUAUAAAAAGAAAUGACAAAUAAAAACUAAAAAAGAAAGUCACUCAAAUGGUUUGUACAAAUACUGGCCGCUCAUAAAAUAUAGUCGCAAAAUAUGGUAACAUUUUUUUUUUAUAUUUCAUUUUUUUAAAGUCACUCAAAUAGUUCGUACAAAUACUGGCCGCUUAUAAAAUAUAGUCACAAAAUAUGGUAAUAAAAAUAUUACCCCUGUCAUUUUCAGGCACAGGUAAAUUCAUUCGCUGUCCAAAAUUGUUCGCCAAAAUGGACUGUUGCGUAGUAAAGUGUUUCGGGUCGUUUUCAUCCCACACGACUGCCGCUUGAGUGGUUUUAACGUAUCGCUCUUCGGGUGUUAAGGUCUUGAAUUAUUCAAAGAUUGAUGUCGGGUGAGACCUUUGGAAUUACGGAGGUACAUUUUUUGUAUAUAAUUCAAAACCUGAAAUGUUUUAAAUCAUGUAUUAAUGAAACAAGGAUUUUUUAAACUAGACAUUAUUUAAAUCCACAUCUAUUUUUUGUGUAAUGUUAAAAAAAUACAUAUAUUGUUAGUUUUGACUGUUUUUUUUAAUAGUUUUAUUGUGACGUCGUCCAUAAAAUUUAGAAAAAAAAGGUUUAAAAGGAAAGGUUUAAAAGUUAGAAAAAAAAUAAUUGUUGUAAAAAUUCAUUUUACUUUCACUGAAGCUCUAAAUGUUUCCAAAAGUACAAAGGUAUUGCGUGAAGAUAUUGUGACAUGCUACAUUUAGAUAAAUAGUUAUUCACACAAUCUGGUUCUACAUAGUAGCCGAUGGUGUACAUAGAAAGGUCAGAAGUAUGUGCCCAUUUAUAACAACAAUGUCAGAAUAUUUUUCGUAGUCGACAUUAAAUACCAAUUUUUUGUAAUAUGUUAUUCUAAAAUUCUUAAUCUGUGGUUAAUGUUUUUAAAAACAAAGACUUUUUAAUCGUUUCAAAAUCAAAUUUUUAUUACCUACCACUUAUCACAAAACUAGUAACUAUUUUUCAAAAUAAAAUAUAGUAGGUACUGUGUAAUAGAUGUACAAUAAACGAUGCUUUUAUAUAUAUAAUUAUUUAGAGUAAUUUUAGAAGUAUUGAUUGUUGAAUCAUCAUUUACACAAUAUAAUAAUUAAAUAUCUAUAUUUUAUCGGUACACACCAAUUAAUAUUAUUAUGUAUUAUUUUUUAAUCAACUAAUUUUAAGUUACUAUAAUAAUAUUGUAUAUAGCAGAACAACGACCUUCUUUUGCUUUCGGUGAAGGGAAAAACCUUGUGAGGAAACCAGCUAUCUAGUCGAUGAUAUCAGAUGAUAUAUGAAAUUGAGAAGGCAACGGCAAAAGUGUUAUUAAAAAAAUAUAUUUUUUUUUAAAUGAUGACUCAUCAAUUCAUCGAUUGCCUAAAAUAAUGUCGAACGUUUUUUUAAAAAAAUGCGUUUGGCAAUGUUUUAAGACAUUUUAAUAUAAAAUUAAUUGGUUUGUUUGCAAAAAGGGGAAAACAAAUACGUAAAAAUUAAGUGUUGUUACAUAGGUGUUAUACUAUAAUUAAACCUGUAUGUCUGUGAAACUAGAAAGUAAAUGGUUGUAAACGAAAUACUAAGUACAUUUAUUCAUAGCGCUUUAGGUAUAGUUGUGUAUAUACGUGUUUGGCUUUGAAAUAUAACAACAAAUAUAUUUAUGUAAAUUCAAACUUGACACUAUAUCGUAAGUAAAUAAUUUUAUUUAGAAGAAUUCAUUUAUUUCUUUACACUAUUAUUCAAAAUAAAGAUAAGGAUUAUGUUAUAAAUAUUUAUAUUCUCCCCAAAAAUGUUAUGUGAUAAACUUUACUCAAUCUAAACUAGCAAUAUCAUGAGUUUUUAUUUCAAAUUGUAUCUCAUUUUCUAAAUUUAUGUAAGCAAAAAAAAUAUAACAGUCUCUCAUAGACAAUUGAUUGAAUGACUCUCACGAUCUACAUUUAAUUUCUUUUCAAAACCGAUUUUCCAAAACCACAACAAUUAUUUAAUUCCAACACUGGAAGUUACGAAGUAGAUAUAAGUAAUUUAUUAUCACAUUAAUUUACCAAAAGUUGUAAUAUUAACACAGGAAUAACAUUCUUAUGUAUUAAGUCGACAUUAAAUAAUUGAAAACAAAUGAAGGCUCUGUCACCUCUUAGUUAAGUAAGAGGUGACAGAACCUGUAUAAUACAUUCAGCCUUCAUUUAUUUUCAAUUAUUUAAUGCCGACUUAUACAUAGUAUGUUAUGUUAUAUAUCGUAUGUUUGAGUUUUACCUAUUUAAGUUUUAUGUUAUGACUUAUUUAUCAACUAUCAUAUCAUAUUGACAAAUAUAUCGAAUCUUUACAAAAGAAAUGUAACACUUUUUCUCGUGAUUGUACAAGCGUGUAACGCUAGAAUAUUUUUGUAAAUAUUGUACAGAAAUUAAUAAAUACAGCAAUAAUUAGUGGCUAUAAGUAAAAUAUGUGUUUAUUUAAUUAAAAUUAGAUUAAGUAAUUUUUAUGUUUGACUCUUGUUGCAUCGUGUUUACUAUCGUAACAUUAGAAUAAUCGUACAAAAGUAAUA